ACGCGAAUAUUAUGCACCUCCAGCCGAAGAGCUGGACGCUGUUGUUAGUUGUUAUGGCAACAAACAUACACUGCCGUCUCUAACCCGGACAACAACCGACUUUUGGACUUGCUACAGGAGAAAACGUAUUUAAAAAGUUACAGAUGGAGGCCUCCUCACAGAGUAGGGAUGGCAGAGGAGGACUGUGGAACAACCCGAGAGCCAGCCAGUACAGCCAGCAGACCCAGGACAUGCUGAGAUUGAUGAUGCAGGAAUCAAGGCUCAACCACCUCCAGAGAAAACAGAUCAACGAAUGCCUCAAGAAUGGAGCAGCUUUACCCCUGAACUCUGACCCCAAAUCAUCGUCUUCCCCCGUUCAGCAGAAAACCAGUAAAUGUGUCCAGAAGCGUGUGCCGGGGAAGCCUCAGAGACGCAGCGCUGAGUCCUGUCGCUUGGGGAACAGCUACGUCAGAGAAAAGUUCUGUCCCGGACCUUCAAGAGACUUGGAGAAAGAGAAGAGGAGGCUUCAGAAUAUUUUGGCAACAGGAGAGGAAGAGCCCACAGCUUCAAAAAAUUUUGCUGCCUGUCGGAACCAAGAGGUUGCUGAGCAGAGAGACCGGUAUCAGAUAGUUCUGGAUGAGAUACAGGAGAGGAGACAGUUCCUGACAGAGAUGGGCUCACUGGGUCAGGAGAGGCAGUACACCAACAUCAUCAACUCUGAAAUAUCCCAGAGGAUCCGAGAGCUGCAGGUUCUGGAGAAAGCUCGCUGUCUGACAUUUGAGACACCUUCAGAGCAGGUCACAGAAAAGAUGGAGACAGAAGAGAAGACUCACUGCCACUGACUGAACAGUUACACAGGCUUAUUAUCUUUAUCACACAUUAAAGUUACAAGAAACAUG